GUUAGGCCGAGACCGGAUUGGCUUAUCAGUUCUUUAGCUCCGUGAGGGGAACCGUUUAAGGUUACCAGUGGGUGAUUAACCCCGGACUCUUGGACUGGACCAUGCUACCUCCUUACUUAUAUUUCUUGUCUCCCCGGCUUCUGCUGGGGAGGUUAAGUCGAAUUCGUAGGAGCUGGACUGACUCCUUCCUUUCCCAUCGAGAUUACCUGUGUUGAUUUCUCCAUGACCAAUCCCAUUUUGAUUCUCAUAUCUCCUCCCGUCUUUGCUUGCCACCAUGCGUCAGGGCUCCGUCGAUGCCAACGCCGACCAGGCGUUGGCCAGGAUGGGCUACAAGAGUGAAUUACCUCGCAACCUGAGUAUGUUGAGUAUCCUAGGCCUCUCCUUUGCCAUCAUGGCCGCACCCUUCGGUCUGAGCACCACCAUAUACAUCACACUUACCGACGGUCAGUCCGUCAGUAUAAUUUGGGGCUGGGUCCUCGUUACUUUAAUCUCCAUCGCCAUCGCCGCCUCCCUAGCCGAGAUCUGCGCCGUAUACCCGACCGCCGGAGGCGUCUACUAUUGGAGCGCUAUGUUGUCGACAAAGGAGUGGGCCCCGAUGAUGUCGUUCAUUGACGGUUGGCUGACACUUGUGGGGAACUGGACUGUCACCCUGAGCAUUACCUUUUCCGGUGGACAACUGAUUCUGAGCGCCAUCUCCCUGUGGAACGAGGACUUCGUGGCCAACGCUUGGCAGACCAUCCUCAUGUUCUGGGCAGUGAUUUGGGUCUGUGCUUUGGUCAACAUCUUCUUCUCCCGGUGGCUUGAUUUGAUCAAUAAGGUGUGUAUCUUCUGGACCGCAGCGAGUGUGAUCAUUAUCUUGAUUACGCUCUUGACCAUGGCAGACCAUCGUAGGGAUGGCGCUUUCGUCUUCGCUCAUUAUGAUGCGUCGAAGAGUGGCUGGCCAUCCGGAUGGGCUUUCUUCGUCGGUUUACUCCAGGCUGCAUACACCCUGACUGGGUAUGGUAUGGUGGCUGCCAUGUGCGAAGAGGUGCAAAACCCACACCGCGAGGUGCCCAAAGCGAUUGUCUUGUCGGUUGUUGCUGCGGGUAUCACGGGCCUGGUCUAUUUGAUCCCUAUUCUCUUCGUCCUGCCAGAUGUUCAGGCGCUACUUGAUGUCGCUAGUGGACAGCCUAUUGGCCUGGUGUUCAAAACGGCCACCGGGUCAGCGGGGGGUGGUUUCGGACUGCUGUUCCUGAUCCUGGGCAUCCUGAUGUUUGCCGGAAUCGGAGCAUUGACAGCCGCCAGUCGAUGCACCUAUGCCUUUGCCCGCGACGGUGCCAUCCCCGGAUUCCGGCUUUGGCGCAAGGUCGAUAAUCGCCUCGACGUUCCGGUGUAUGCCAUCCUUCUCUCCACCGUCGUCGACUGCCUGCUGGGCCUGAUCUACUUUGGAUCGACCGCAGCCUUCAACUCGUUCACUGGGGUUGCGACUAUUUGCUUGUCAACCUCGUACGGAGUGCCGAUUUUGAUUAGCGUUAUCCGCGGGCGCCAGGCAUUGAAAGAGUCCACCUUCUCCUUGGGUCGCUUUGGGUACGCCAUCAACAUCAUCACUAUUUGCUGGAUCAUUCUGGCUGUCGUUCUCUUCUGCAUGCCUGUCUCGCUACCGGUGGACGCUUCCUCCAUGAACUAUGCCAGCGUGGUGUUCGCCGGAUUCGCGGCCAUCAGUACUGCUUGGUACUUCGCGUAUGCACGGAAACAUUUCACAGGACCGCCUGUCACAGGCGACGACGUGGCAGGCGUGAUGACAGGGAAGGCCGUAGAUACAGAAAAUGUAUAUCCAGACGAAGCAAUCGGCGAAAAGAAGUGAGUUGUCUUCUUUCAAAUCCUUGUGCCUUGUUCCUUGACGACGAUGUACGAAUGAAUAUGUAUAAUUUGAGUAGUUCAGUGUUUCACAUGUAUACACAACUCCAUACCCAUAGAAUCAAUCACCAUUAAAUGCAACAAAACCGGAAUAACGCACAUAAAACAUACAAAACUACUAGAGACCUAAAUAUGAAUCGCAUAUAUGCAGCGUAUAUGGGUUGAUGAUGUAACCAAGCACUAUUUUACACUGAUGGUUCGAUCACAGGUCCGCAGUGCAUUCCGUCAUUCCCCAGUCUCCGAGAACCGCGGUUACUUUUACUUUCC